AGUUGCCCCGGUGAGGACGAAGCGCCAUAGCCACGGUAGUCCUGGCGACAAGAACCCAGCAACGAGAAUCAACAACAACAACCCGAAUCUUAAAAAAAAUAUAUCAACUCUCAGAUUACAAAGGGAAACCACAGGAAAUUAAAGGCAGUGCCGCGUCCGGCUGUGGAGAUGGCCACUUCGGGCUACGCGGAGGACCUGCAGCCGCCCUCCCAGCCACAGGGGGGCAACGCGGUCACCAUGGCGCCCGGGCCACCCCCUGCCCCGCCCCCCGCCCCUCCUCACUUCCUGUCCGAGCUGCAGGCCAACGCCGUCAUCGCCACCGCCGCCGCUGUGGCCCCGCCUCCCUCGCCGGCCACGCCCCCCGCCUCGGCCCCUCCCCAGCCGGCGCAGAAGAGCGCGGGGGGCUUGGCCACGCCCGCUCAGGCCCCUCCCACCCAGUUCGUCACCGCGGAGAUCCAGAGCGCGGCUGCGCAGCCUAGCGACGGCCAGGGCACGCCCCAGUACAUCGUCGUCACGGUGACAGAGGGUUCGCUCCACUCCAGUGACUCCGUGUCGGACUCCAGUCCCCCCCCGGCAGUGGUGCAGACAGGGGUCCCCACUCAGGUGGUUCAGCAGGUGCAGACGGUCCAGCAGAGGUCAGUGCUUCAGGCGGUGUCCCAGCCAGGCAAGAGUGGACAAAGCGCCCAGCUGACUGUGACCAACCUGCAGCCUGUUCACCUGAGUCAGGAGGUGCUGCAGCAGGUCCCGGUGCAGCAUGUGUACUCCAGCCAGGUGCAGUAUGUGGAGGGGGGAGAUGCAGCCUACAGCACCAGCACCAUACGCUCGGGCAGCUACUCAUACUCCGACGCCCCGCUCUACAGGCAGACGGCCCCCGGCUCGUACUACGAGGGCCCGGCUGCGUCGGGGUCGCAGGUCACGACCCCGGUGACCUCUCAGGCCGUGUCCGUGACUGCCGGAGGGGCGGUCUUCCUGUCCGGGGCGGGGCAGAUCGUGGCCGGCAGCGGGGCGGGCUCCGGGGAGGGGGAGGGGGGGUCGGGGGAGGGGGGCGGCCCCCCCGCGGGGGGCGGGGCCGGCGGAGGGGCCGGGGGGAGCUACGUCAUCCAGGGGGGGUACAUGGUGGGGGUAGGCAACGCCAACCAGAGCUGCUCACACAACACCCGCGCCUCGCCAGCUACUGUGCAGUGGCUGCUGGGUAACUAUGAGACGGCGGAGGGGGUGAGUCUGCCGCGCUGCACGCUGUACUGCCACUACCUGCUGCACUGCCAGGAGCAGAAGCAGGACUCGGUCAACGCCGCCUCCUUCGGCAAGCUCAUCCGCUCCGUGUUCAUGGGCCUGAGGACACGCCGGCUCGGCACGCGGGGGAACUCUAAGUACCACUACUACGGGCUGAGGAUCAAGGCCGGCUCCGCCCUGCUCAGACUGGUGGAGGACCAGCAGCACCUGGCCAUGAGACAGCAGCCCUUCUCCCACAAACACAGGUUAAAGCCUGUGCACAAAGUGGAGGGAAUGACCAAUGGGAUGAGCCUGGGGGCGGGGCAGCAGCAGACGGGGAGCCUCUCUGACAUCAGCGCCCAGGUGCAGCAGUACCAGCAGUUUUUGGACGCCUCUCGCACACUACCCGAGUUUCCUGAGAUCGACCUCCAGGGCAAAGCACUGCCUGAUGGGAUUGAGACGGAGCACAUCAAGGGCUUUCAGGUGCUCUACCGGGAGCACUGCGAGGCCAUGCUGGACGUGACGAUAAACCUGCAGUUCACGCUGGUGGAGACGCUGUGGAAGUCCUUCUGGAGGUUCAACGACAGCGCGGGGAACUCAGGCAACUCGCUCAGCGUCCACGCGGAGUCGGAGAAGCGCCUGCCCCAGGUGUGUCUGGUGCUGCUGUGUCAGUACGAGCCGGUGCUGCGCUGGAGCAGAGACUGUGACAACACGCUGUACCAGAGCCUGGUGCAGAUCCUCAUCCCCGACGUGCUGCGGCCCAUUCCCAGUGCCUUAACUCAAGCCAUUCGCAACUUCGCCAAGAGCCUGGAGAGCUGGCUGACCAACGCCAUGAUGAACAUCCCCGAGGAGAUGGUCCGCAUCAAGGUGACCUCAGCGAACGCGUUGGCGCAGACUCUGCGCAGGUACACCUCUCUGAACCACCUGGCCCAGGCAGCGCGCGCCGUCCUGCAGAACACUGCGCAGAUCAGCCAGAUGCUGAGCGACCUGAACCGCGUGGACUUCGCCAACGUGCAGGAGCAGGCCUCCUGGGUGAGCCGCUGUGAGGACCAGGUGGUGCAGCAGCUGGAGCGGGACUUCAAGCUGACGCUGCAGCAGCAGAACUCCCUGGAGCAGUGGGCGGCCUGGCUGGACGGGGUGGUCUCCCAGGUCCUGAAGCCCUACCAGGCCAGCGCCGCCUUCCCCAAAGCCGCCAAGCUCUUCCUGCUCAAGUGGUCCUUCUACAGCUCCAUGGUGAUCCGGGACCUGACCCUCCGCAGUGCGGCGAGCUUUGGCUCCUUCCACCUGAUCCGGCUUCUGCACGACGAGUACAUGUACUACCUGAUCGAGCACCGCGUGGCCCACGCCAAGGGCCAGACCCCCAUCGCCGUCAUGGGAGAGUUUGCCAGCCUGGGCAGGAGUCUGAGCGCUCUGGACCCUGAUAAAGAAGAGGAAGAGGAGGAGGAGGAGGAGGAGGAGGAAGAUGGGUGCCAGGACUCGUCGCUGGCGGUCGGGCUGGGGGAGGAGUCACUGGAGCCGCCCGCCAAACUAGCGAGGACCGACACCGGAGCGCUGUUCAGUACAGAGCCCAGAGACACCUGAUACUGCACACACACACUCACACACUCACUCACACUCUCACUCACUCACUCACACUCACACUCACACACACACUCACUCACUCACUCACUCACACACACACACACACACACACACACUCACACACACCCACACACACACUCAUACACACACACCCACACACACACUCACACACACACACACACUCAUACAAACUCACUCACACUCAUACACACUCACACACACACACACACACACUCAUACACACACACACACACACACACAUACACACACACACACUCUCUCACACACACACACACACACUCACUCACACACACACACACACACACACUCA